CCUUUUCUGUUUUUAAUUCUCCAAAACACACUGUUGCUUUCAUCUUUUAAAUAUCACAAAAAUUGCUUCUUAAACCAUUUGCUGCCUUCUCACCCCUUCCCUUGAACCUCAACAUGUUUGCUCUUAGUUCUCUAUUCAAUGGCUUCCAAUUCUUUGUUCAAAACUUUUAAACACAAUAGAAAGAUUAUGGGGAAGAGUGGUAGAGCUUUGAGGUGUUUCUUUGCAGUCGCCGUGCUUGUGGGAGUUGUUUGGUUAUUGUUUGUUAGUAUUGUAGCCAACCGAGCAACCAUCACGACGAAAUCGACAACGGUUUCCUCAACCGGAGAUUUGAAACAUUGGGAAUUUGUUGUCGACGAUUUCCAUUUUAAUUAUGUCAGCAAGAGAAGAGUUCCUAAUGGACCUGAUCCCAUUCACAACAGGAGAGUAUCAAAGUCUAGGCAACCACCAGGACGAGCCUAAUUGUGAAAGGCCUCAAGCUUUCUGCUGAUGAUCAUCAUUGUAGAAAUUUGUUUGCAUAUGUGUUCCUUUUUACAUGUUUUUCAAUGAGAAUUUCAUAAACCAUGUACUUCAAAAUUUUCUGAAAAAAAAUUCAAUUUUCUUAGUGUUU